AUGCUCGUUCUACUAUAUCUGAUUGCAUACAUUGAUAAAACCAACAUUGGUAAUGCCAAAAUUGAAGGACUUCUUCCCGACUUGGGGAUGAAUGGCAAUCAGUACAACAUUGCCUUGGCUGUCUUCUUCAUUCCUUACAUUCUCGCCGAGGUUCCAAGUAACAUAAUCCUUAACCACUUCAAACGACCGUCUGUUUAUCUGGGAUCCUUGAUCCUUGUCUGGGGAAUAAUCAUGACAUGUACAGGGUUUGUUCACAACUUUGGUUCCCUGGUUGGCAUCCGGUUUCUCCUUGGUCUAUUCGAGGCAGGAUUUCUUCCGGGCGCUGUUUUGAUCAUUUCCAAAUGGUACCUUCCCAACGAAACCCAAACACGCAUCGCUAUCCUAUACACAUCGGCUGCCUCGGGAGGAGCAUUCUCGGGGCUUCUUGCUUUUGUCAUUGCCAAGAUGGAUGGUAUUGCUGGCUACGAAGGCUGGCGAUGGAUUUUCAUAAUAGAAGGUCUUGCUACUAUCUGCCUGGCUUGCCUUACUUUCUUCUUGCUUCUUGACUCACCUCAACUAUCCUCGGGGUGGCUUACACCCGAUGAGAUUCGCUUUCUGGAGGUCCGGCAAAUUGCGAACAGCACCCAAGGAGCCCAGAAAGAAGGAGUCGCCUGGAGCGCGUUGAUCAGUGUUCUGAUGGAUUGGAAAAUCUACCUACUAAUCCUCGCCAACUGGUCCAACGCCGUACCCAACUACGCUCUGAAGUUCACCAUGCCCCAGAUCAUCCAAAGCAUGGGAUUCACUUCCGCCAAAGCACAGCUAUUAACCAUUCCACCCUACGCCGUAGGUGCCUUCUCGGCUUAUAUUUUCUCGGUUUUCGCCGAUCGCUAUACCUGGCGCAUGCCUUUUAUCAUCAUCCCUCAACUAUUGCAGGUCGUCGCGUUUAGCAUCUUAUUCACCAAGGCAGCCGACAUUAGUGAUAAUAUAGCACUGUGUUACUUUGGUGUCUGUCUGGCUUGUUUCGGGAUGUACCCCAUUCUACCGGGUGUAAACGCCUGGAACGUUUCCAAUAUUCCAAACCCCACAAAGCGAGCAAUUGGUAUCGGUUACCUGGUCUGUAUGGGUAAUGCGGGAGGCAUUAUUGGCAGUUUUAUCUAUCAGGAGAAAGAGGCGCCCCGAUAUCCCACCGGCUACGGGAAUUCCUUUGCCUUCGCUUCGGCGGGUUUCAUAGCUUGCCUAGUACUCGAGUUCUGUCUCUUUAGGUUAAAUAAACAGAAAGCCCAGCUAAGCGAAGCGGAGAUCCGAGACCGAUAUACAGAUGAGGAGUUGAACGAGAUGGGUGAAAAAAGUCCCCUGUUCAAAUAUACACUGUGAU